GGAAGGGCUGUGGACAAGGGGGAAGGCCAACAGCACAUUCAGCUUGCAAAAUAAAAGUGUGACAGUCCCUGGUGCUUCCAAUCUCGGCUCCCUUUUUUCCCCCUGUCAGGAGUGGGUGGAGAGUCAAAAUCCACACCAAGGCAGGAAAUUGUCCUGCCCGAGGUGUCAGUCCACUUCAGAUUUUCUUCUUACAUUGUGUGAAGUCACAGUCUGGAAGAAAGGAAUUCAAAGAGCGCACACACACUUAUGCAAGCAAGCUUUCAAGCCGUGGAGCAACAAUCAGGAUGGAAGCGGUAGAGCGGCCUUUGUCAGAGAGAAAGUCGGGCCAGACCUUGGAAAAGACUGCUAUGAAACCAGGAGGCAGAGAAGCCCUGUUGCAUGUCGCUGGAGGUCUGGUGUUUUGUGUGGGAGUUGUAGCUUCAGGGGUCCUGGAUGGUGUUCAUACGGAGAUUGGGUAUGAGCACUAUGCUGAACCCACUGUGCCAGAGUUGCCGGCUAUUUUGGCCAUGCCUGCCAAUUGCUUAGUCAAUGUGGCCUACAUACUUCUGGGCUGGUACUGGCUGCCCUCAGGUGACGGGGAUGGACCGAUGCACUACCUCCAGGAGGUCUUUGCCCUCAUGGCACUCAUGUAUGGACCUGUACAAUGGGUUAGGCUCUGGACGCAGCAUCACUGGGCUGCUAUCUUGGAUCAGUGGUUGACAUUGCCAAUUUUUGCUUGGGCUGCUGUCUGGUGCCACUUCCUGGAGUAUGGUUGGCAAACCAGGACUUUUCUAGCUAUAGAAGUUACUUCAUUGGCAAGCUAUAUUCUGGCAUUGCUUCACAACCAAGGUUUUGAGCUGGCAUUGGCUGGACACAUCUUUGUUGUUGUUUGGAGGGCACAGAAGGUGCAGAGGCAUCUGGGCAAUGCCAUGUCCGCCUGGAUCAUGAUACUGGGGAUGGUUUCUUGCCUGGGUUUUGUAACUCUCAAGCUGUUGGACCAGGAGCUGGCAAGGUGGCCACCCUUCCACCGUUUCACUGGCCAUUUUUGGUCCAAGAUCUGUGAUGUACUGCAGUUCCAGUGUGCUUUUCUUUUCUUUACCCGACUGAGAAAAUACCAGCUUAAGUGUCAAUGAAUUAAUCCACAAUCUUAAUAACCAAACUUUAUAGCCUUGUUAUUAAAGGACAACAACCACUGGCAUAAUGGACAAAGGAUGUAAAAUGGUCAGAUUUGAAAGAAUAAACAGAUCAUAAAAAUAAGUCUUCCAGCUUAUCUAAAUAUGAAAUAAGAUAAUAGGAGUGUUGGUUUCUAUAACAUGUAGUUUAUUUCCUGCCUCCACCUGUGGGCUUUAGACAUGUAAUGGUGCUUUUACAAAUCCAUGCUAGAGGAAUAAAACUGGGUACAGUAUUUACUGGCAGAUACCUUUGCUGUUGAAUAUACCCUGGCUCACAGCUGAUUGGAAAGAUUGUGGUUGAGUAAAAGGAGGUGGCAGUCUCUGAAAAAUGACCUAAUGUUUCAGGAUUUUAGCUUUUCCAUUUAAACUCAUGGGGAAAGAAUUUCCAUUCUCAGCAUUUCUCCUCCUGCAAUAGAAGAGAACUGAAGUGCAGACAACCAAUAAAGAAACAAAGAUACUGUAUUUUGAAAGCCAUGGGAAACAAGUGUAUUUCUCUGCUAUACUAUAGAGAUAACACAGUACAAGGGCUGGAGAACUGCCAGAUGUUUUGAACUGCAACUUCCACAAUCCUGAUUGUGGCUGGGGUUUCUGGGAACUGAAGUCCAAAACAACUGGCUUACUCAAGGUUCUGCAUCAUAUGAUAUCUUCCCAUCCCCAGAUCACUAAGGGCUGCCAGGCUUACAAACUCCUGCAACAUGUACUGUCUUUCAGCUUAAGUGGCCUUAGUUAACUCUUGUCAUAUGCCUCUAUUCAGAGCAGGUAGUCCAGCUCAUGUAAGUGCAAUGUGGUACUUUUGUGUCGUGCUUGAGGGAUUGGGAGGUGGGGAGUGGGGAGUGGGGAGUGCUAAUGCUAUGAUACAUGUUUAAUUUCCUCCAGUCAUUUACAUUCACAAUCUGGAGCCGGAAGACUCAAGUUGCAGUAAUUGCCAGAGAUAUCCGACACAUCGAUAAAAAUUCAAUCUAUGGAGACAUGGCAACUGUUCUUCUCACCGCUGUAACAUCAAGACUAACAUAUUGUAACAUGUUCUUGCCAGGCUAUUCUCAGUACUUUCAUUUUUUAAAUAUCAGUUACUCUGAACAUGAAAUCUGCCCUUUCAAUUGCCUAACCCAUUAUCCAUUGUGGGCUGAGAUCCGCAGGAGAUGCCCUUCCUCUCAGUUCUGCUAUCUUUUGAGGCAUGUUCAAUGGGGAUAGCAGAGAUGGCCUUCUUGACAACUGCUACCAAACAAUGUCAGUCUCUGGGGGAAAGCUAGCACAGCUCUUUCUCAUUGUCCUAUUAGCAGGAAAAGGACCUUUCUAUUCAGGCAGCCCAUAUGCAUCUGCCUGCCUGUUGAUGGGCUUUAACAAAUGUGGUAUAUUUUUUGAAAAAUAUGAUUAUUAUUUAAUUGCAGUGUUAGGUGUUCGGAACUCAACUGUUUUAAUACUGAGUUUAAUUAUUUAAUAUUUAUAACUUCCCAUGUUUUUAUCUUCACUCAUUGUUAAAUAUAUAGUAGGUUGCCUUGGAUCCCAGUUCUAAAACAAGUAAAUAUAUUUAUUUGGCUUUGGGUUUUGUAUACCAUAGUGACCCCUGAAUGUCCACUUUGGAAAAGCUGGUGGGGUAGGGGACAACAGGUAGAAUUUCCAGACUGCAUGCAGGGUUGCUGUUAGUUUUUUCCCCCUUAGCCACUAUGGUGGAGAGAAGAUCACUGGCUUUCCAGGCUGCUUUCACAAUUACUUGUGCGUCCUGUAUCUUGUCUAAAUAAACCAUUAUCUCUGGAGAUAGCUUAGUAUAAUCUGAAAACCAGAAGGACAUAGACUAGUUACAAAUAUAUAAAAUGUUUUAUUAUUUGUAUCAGUUCAAGUAUCCCUGGAGACCAAGACCAAGAUAA